AUGUCGAAACGUGAGGACGUGGUAAUCAAGAAUGCCGACAUGGAGACUGAGAUGCAGAAUGCUGCAGUGAACGUUGCUGAGGAGGCCUUCGAGAAGUACAACAUCGAGAAAGACGUUGCUUCACAUAUCAAGAAGGAAUUCGACAAGAGAUACCUUCCCAACUGGCACUGCAUCGUUGGCAAACAUUUUGGGAGCUACGUGACUCAUGAGGCGAAUCAUUUCAUAUACAUGUACCUGGGAAACACGGCGGUCUUACUUUUCAAGACGGGUUAA